UGAAGUUUAAUAAGGUUAAUAUCUUCUCUUUUUUUCUAUUUCCAUUAGGAAACCAGUGGAGUUUUAUAAAUAAUAGCCUUCACACUCAGAGCCUGAGCAGAUCUACUAAAGGCAACAGUAGCCUAGAUAGACUGUAUUCCCGGAAGAUCAGAAAACAGCUUGUACAUCAUAAACAGCAACUUAACUUAUUAAAAGCAAAACAGAAGGCUUUGGUGGAACAGAUGGAAAAAGAGAAAAUACAAAGCAACAAAGGAUCAUCAUACAAACUUUUAGUAGAACAGGCAAAACUAAAGCAGGCUACUUCAAAGCACUUCAAGGACCUAAUACGCUUACGUCGGACAGCAGAAUGGCCUCGUUCUACUUUAGAUACAGAAGUAUCAACGGCAAAGGAAACUCCAGAAAUUGAACCACUUCCAUUUACACUGGCACACGAACGCUGUAUUUCUGUAGUACAGAAGCUGGCACUCUUUCUCUUGUCCAUGGACUUUACUUGCCAUGCAGAUUUACUUCUGUUUGUUUGUAAGGUCCUUGCUAGAAUUGCAAAUGCUACAAGACCAACAAUUCAUUUAUGUGAGAUUGUAAAUGAGACUCAGUUGGAAAGAUUGUUGCUGCUUCUUGUUGGAACUGACUUUAACAGAGGAGACAUCUCUUGGGGAGGAGCAUGGGCUCAGUAUUCUCUGACUUGUAUGCUGCAGGAUAUUCUAGCAGGAGAGUUGUUGGCACCGAUAGCUGCUGAAGCUAUGGAAGAAAGUGCUUUGGGAGAAGAUGCUGGAGCUUCAGCUGGGGAUUCUGAUGACUCUCUCCAACAGUCCACAGUUCAGUUAGUGGAAACAAUAGAUGAGCCUUUGACACAUGACAUCACAGGUGCUCCACCUCUGUCAUCUUUGGAAAAAGAUAAGGACAUUGACCUUGAACUACUGCAAGAGUUGAUGGAAGUUGAUAUUGAUCCUUUGGAUAUUGAUUUGGAAAAAGAUCCCCUUGCAGCCAAAGUGUUCAAGCCUAUAAGCAGCACCUGGUACGAUUACUGGGGUGCAGACUACGGCACCUACAAUUACAAUCCUUACAUUGGAGGUGUUGGAAUUCCAGUUGCAAAACCACCAGUGACUACAGAGAAAAAUGGAUCACAAACUGUGAGCGUUUCGGUCUCUCAAGCUUUAGAUGCACGUCUAGAAGUUGGACUUGAACAGCAGGCUGAGCUGAUGCUGAAAAUGAUGUCCACGCUGGAGGCUGAUUCCAUUCUACAGGCGUUAACAAACACGUCCCCUACAUUAACCCAGUCUCCUAGCGGAACAGAUGAUUCAUUGCUAAGAGGAUUACAUGCUGCUAACCAAAAUGCCCAGUUGAUGGUACAGUUGUCAUCUAUACCUAUGCUGAGUGCAUGCUUCAACAAACUCUUUUCCAUGCUACAAGUCCACCAUGUUCAGCUUGAAUCCCUUUUACAGUUAUGGCUCACAUUAAGCCUGAAUUCCAGCUCCUCUGGAAGUAAAGAUAGUGGCGCUGAUAUUUUCCUUUAUAACGCAAACCGAAUACCUGUAAUUUCCUUGAACCAAGCUUCAGUAACUAGCUUCCUGUCAGUUCUGGCGUGGUAUCCUAAUACCUUGCUCCGGACGUGGUGCCUUGUGCUUCAUAGCCUAACUCUCAUGACAAAUAUGCAGCUUAAUGCUGGUCCAAGCAGUGCCAUUGGAGCUCAGGAAAGUACUGCCCAAUUGUUGGUGUCAGAUCCAAACCUCAUUCAUGUGUUAGUGAAAUUUCUUUCCGGCACUAAUCCUCAUGGAACAAAUCAACACAGUCCACAGGUUGGGCCAACAGCAACGCAAGCUAUGCAAGAAUUUCUUACUCGAUUACAAGUGCACCUUUCUUCAACUUGUCCUCAGAUGUUCAGUGAAUUUUUGUUGAAAUUGAUACAUAUACUUUCAACAGAAAGGGGUGCUUUCCAAACAGGCCAGGGACCCUUGGAUGCACAAGUGAAACUCUUGGAAUUUACCCUGGAACAGAAUUUUGAAGUUGUAUCAGUUAGCACUAUUUCUUCAGUGAUUGAGUCUAUAACCUUCCUUGUGCAUCACUACAUUACGUGUUCGGACAAAGUGAUGUCUCGCAGCGGCUCAGACAGCUCUGUGGGUGCUCGAGCGUGUUUUGGAGGGCUUUUUGCCAAUAUUAUCCGUCCCGGUGAUGCCAAAGCAGUUUGUGGAGAAAUGACAAGGGAUCAACUUAUGUUUGACUUGUUAAAGCUGGUCAACAUUUUAGUUCAACUGCCGCUCUCCAGUAACCGAGAAUAUAGUGCCCGUGCUCCAGUAGCAAGCAGUACUACAGACAGCGUGUCUGAUGAAGAAAAGGUUUCAGGAGGCAAAGAUGGCAAUGGAAGCAACCCUAACACUCAAGGUUCAACUGCGUAUGUGGCAGACUUGGUGUUAGCCAACCAACAAAUUAUGAGCCAGAUUUUGUCUGCACUUGGCCAGUGUAACAGCAGUGCUAUGGCAAUGAUUAUUGGUGCGAGUGGUUUACACCUCACUAAACAUGAAAACUUCCAUGGUGGAUUAGAUGCAAUAUCAGUUGGAGAUGGGUUGUUCACGAUCCUGACCACGCUUAGUAAAAAAGCAACAACGGUGCAAGUGAUGCUUCAGCCAAUUCUUACCUACAUGGCCUGUGGGUACAUGGGAAGACAAGGUUCUCUUGCCACUUGUCAAUUAUCUGAGCCACUGCUUUGGUUCAUUUUAAGAGUGUUGGAUACAAGUGAUGCACUGAAGGCUUUCCAUGAUAUGGGUGGUGUUCAGCUUAUUUGCAACAACAUGGUAACAAGCACAAGAGCUAUUGUUAACACAGCAAGAAGUAUGGUUUCAACUAUUAUGAAAUUUCUUGAUUCUGGUCCCACCAAAGCAACAGAUAGCAGUUUGAAAGCUAGAGUGCUAGCUUCUGAGCCUGAUAAUGCAGAAGGAAUUCACAAUUUUGCACCUUUGGGUUCCAUCACCUCAAGCAGUCCUACUGCUCAGCCUGCUGAAGUGCUGUUGCAGGCUACUCCUCCCCACAGACGAGCUCGCUCUGCUGCGUGGUCGUACAUAUUUUUACCAGAGGAAGCUUGGUGUGACCUCACGAUUCACCUUCCCGCAGCUGUGCUGCUGAAGGAGAUCCACAUCCAGCCUCACCUGGCCUCUCUGGCGACUUGCCCGUCAUCCGUAUCUGUUGAAAUCAGCGCAGAUGGUGUCAAUAUGUUACCUUUGUCAACUCCUGUGAUCACAAGCGGUCUCACGUACAUAAAAAUCCAGCUGGUAAAAGCUGAAGUUGCCUCAGCUGUCUGCCUUCGCCUCCAUCGCCCUCGGGAUGCCAGUACCCUGGGCCUCUCUCAGAUCAAACUGUUAGGCCUCACGGCCUUUGGAAACACCUCAUCAGCAACCGUCAAUAAUCCCUUCCUUCCCUCUGAGGACCAGGUCUCUAAAACAAGUAUUGGAUGGUUAAGAUUAUUACACCACUGCCUCACUCACAUCAGUGAUUUAGAAGGAAUGAUGGCUAGUGCUGCAGCACCCACUGCUAAUCUGUUGCAGACGUGUGCUGCUUUACUAAUGUCACCUUACUGUGGUAUGCAUUCUCCAAACAUUGAGGCUGUGCUUGUAAAAAUUGGGCUUCAGUCCACCAGAAUAGGCCUAAAAUUGAUUGACAUUCUUCUAAGAAACUGCUCAGCAUCAGGGAGUGAUCCUGCAGAUCUGAAUAGCCCUUUACUGUUUGGAAGAUUAAAUGGUCUCUCUUCUGACUCCACAAUAGACAUUCUUUAUCAGCUUGGAACAACUCAAGACCCUGGAACAAAAGAUAGAAUUCAAGCACUGCUGAAAUGGGUCAGCGAUUCUGCAAGAGUUGCAGCUAUGAAAAAAAGCGGCCGGGUCAGCUACGUUUGUCCCAACAGUUCAACCCGAGAGUAUGGUCUUUUGAUGCCGUCUCCUUCCCAUUUGCAUUGCGUGGCGGCCAUUUUGUGGCAUAGUUAUGAAUUGCUUGUUGAAUAUGAUUUACCAGCGUUACUGGACAGAGAGCUCUUUGAGUCACUGUUUAACUGGUCCAUGUCUCUUCCCUGCAACAUGGUUUUGAAGAAAGCCGUUGAUAGUUUGCUUUGCUCAAUGUGCCACAUCCACCCGAAUUAUUUUUCCUUACUCAUGGGAUGGAUGGGUAUCACUCCUCCUCCAAUGCAGUGUCAACACAGACUGUCCAUGACUGAUGACAGCAAAAAGCAGGACCUUAGUUCAUCUUUGACUGAUGACUCUAAAAACGCACAAGCCCCUCUUGCACUAACAGAGUCUCACCUGGCUACUCUUGCUGCCUCAUCUCAGUCUCCUGAAGCUAUCAAGCAAUUACUGGACUCAGGUUUGCCUUCACUGCUUGUAAGAAGUCUUGCUAGUUUUUGCUUUAACCAUACUUCUAGCUCUGACUGCACUGCACAAUCAAUGGAUAUCACCCAGGACAGGCUCAGGAGGCAUCAUGUUCCACAGCACUUUAAUAAAAUGCCUAUCACAGCGGACCUGGUUGCUCCUGUUCUCAGGUUUUUGACAGAAGUUGGCAACAGCCACAUGAUGAAGGAUUGGUUGGGUGGCUCCGAAGUCAAUCCAUUGUGGACAGCCCUUUUAUUUCUGUUGUGCCAUUCUGGUGCUACUUCUGGAGGACACAAUGUGACGGCACAACAGACCAGUGCAAGAUCUAGCUUGCUUUCUUCAGCCGUAACAACAGGGUUGACCACUCAGCAGCGGACGGCAAUUGAAAAUGCAACCGUUGCUUUCUUCUUACAGUGUAUCUCUUGCCAUCCUAAUAACCAGAGACUUAUGGCACAGGUUCUCUGUGAAUUGUUCCAGUCCUCUCCUCAGCGUGGGAACCUCCCAACUUCUGGAAAUAUUUCAGGAUUUAUUAGGAGGCUUUUUUUGCAGCUGAUGCUAGAGGAUGAGAAAGUGACUUUGUUUCUUCAAUCCCCAUGUCCACUGUACAAAGGUAGAAUUAAUGCUACUAGUCAUGUAAUUCAACAUCCAAUGUAUGGAGCUGGACACAAAUUUCGUACUCUUCACUUGCCUGUCUCAACAACUCUAGCAGAGGUUCUUGAUCGUGUGUCAGAUACACCUAGUAUUACAGCUAAGCUAAUUAAUGAGCAGAAGGAAGAUAAGGAAAAAAAGAACUAUGAAGAGAAAGAAAAAGUUAAAGCAGAAAAUGGAUUUCAGGACAAUUACAGCGUUGUUGUUGCUUCUGGUUUGAAAUCUCAGUCAAAAAGAGCUGUUUCAUCCACCCCUCCACGUCCACCAUCAAGGCGAGGAAGAGUGCUGGCGGAUAAAGUAGGUACCUCUUCUUCAGGAGGAGAAUCAUCCAGCAAGACCAUUAGUGUUCCAGUCUUUCAUCUAUACCAUAAACUUCUACCAGGCCAGCCGUUACCAGCUGAAAUGACACUUGCCCAGCUUCUGACUCUACUGUAUGACCGUAAACUCCCUCAAGGAUACCGGUCAAUAGAUUUGACGGUUAAGCUUGGUUCCAAAGUCAUCUCAGAUCCAAGCUUAUCAAAAACAGACUCAUUUAAACGUCUUCACACAGAAAAAGAGCAUGCAGAUUUGCUGGGACCUUGCCCUGAAGAUGAAGCCAUCAGUCCUGGGGAUGAGUGUAUGGAUACAGUUCUAGAUGAAUCGCUUCUUGAAACCUGUCCAAUUCAGUCUCCACUGCAAGUUUUUGCAGGAAUGGGUGGAUUGGCCCUCAUUGCAGAGAGGCUCCCUAUGCUCUAUCCUGAUGUAAUUCAGCAAGUGAGCACUCCGGUGGUUACAUCGACCACGCAGGAAAAGCAGAAGGACAGUGAUCAGUUUGAAUGGGUUACCAUUGAACAAUCAGGGGAACUGGUGUAUGAAGCACCAGAAACAAUUGCUGCAGAACCUCCACCGAUCAAGUCCACAGUUCAGACUAUGUCUCCCAUACCUGCGCAUUCUUUGGCUGCCUUUGGUUUAUUUCUUCGUCUCCCGGGCUAUGCUGAGGUGCUGCUAAAAGAACGGAAACAUGCUCAGUGUCUGUUGAGAUUGGUGUUGGGAGUUACAGAUGAUGGUGAAGGAAGUCAUAUCCUGCAGUCUCCUUCAGCAAACGUGCUUCCAACUCUGCCCUUCCAUGUGCUGCGCAGUUUGUUCAGCACCACACCGUUGACUACUGAUGAUGGAGUGCUGCUUAGGCGGAUGGCACUGGAGAUCGGGGCUAUACAUCUCAUCCUCGCUUGUCUGUCUGCUCUAAGCCACCAUGCACCAAGAGUGCCCAACUCUAGUCCCAACCAGGCAGAGCCACAGAUAUCAAGUACACACAACAGUGCAUCAACAGAAGAACAGCAGUUGUACUGGGCUAAGGGUACAGGCUUUGGAACAGGCUCCACAGCUUCAGGAUGGGAUGUUGAACAAGCUCUGACUAAGCAAAGGCUAGAAGAAGAGCAUGUGACCUGCCUUCUACAGGUUCUUGCCAGUUACAUAAAUCCUGCAGGGAGUACGUCAAAUGGAGAGACGCAAACUAGCCAUGAGGGGAGGGGACAGAACAGCAGUGCUCUUCCAUCCGUUCUCCUAGAGCUCCUCAGUCAGUCUUGCCUCAUCCCAGCCAUGUCGUCAUACCUCCGCAACGAUUCGGUUUUGGAUAUGGCCCGGCAUGUUCCCCUUUACCGAGCUCUGCUAGAGUUACUCCGUGCUAUUGCAUCCUGCACGUCGAUGGUACCAUUACUGCUUCCUCUGUCGGGAGAAAGUAGUGAAGAGGAGGAGGAACAGUUGGAGUCACAAGCUUCUGUUGGGACUUUGUUGGCUAAAAUGAAGACCUGUGUAGAUACCUACACCAACCGACUGAGGUCUAAAAAAGACAAAGCUAAAGCAGGAGUAAAACCAGAUACGUCUGAUCAAGAACCAGAGGGGCUGACACUUCUGGUGCCAGACAUCCAAAAGACUGCAGAGAUCGUUUAUGCUGCUACCACCAGUUUGCGCCAAGCAAACCAAGAGAAGAAGAUGGCUGAAUACUCCAAAAAGGCUGCUGUGAAGCCCAAGCCUUUGUCUGUUUUACGGUCUCUUGAAGAAAAGUAUGUAGCUGUCAUGAAGAAACUCCAGUUUGAUACAUUUGAAAUGGUUUCUGAAGAUGAUGAUGGAAAAUUGGUUUUUAAAGUAAAUUACCACUACAUGUCUCAGGUGAAAAAUGCAAGUGACGCCAACAGCGCUGCCAGAGCCCGACGUCUUGCUCAAGAAGCUGUGACGCUUUCAACCUCUCUGCCUCUCUCAUCUUCGUCCAGCGUCUUCGUACGUUGUGAUGAGGAGCGGCUUGACAUCAUGAAGGUUCUCAUUACUGGUCCUGCAGACACCCCUUACGCAAAUGGUUGCUUUGAGUUUGAUGUCUAUUUCCCACAAGACUACCCGAAUUCCCCUCCGCUUGUGAACCUGGAAACAACUGGAGGCCACAGCGUGAGAUUUAAUCCAAACCUCUACAACGACGGCAAGGUGUGUUUAAGCAUACUUAACACAUGGCAUGGGAGGCCAGAAGAGAAGUGGAAUCCCCAAACAUCAAGUUUUUUGCAGGUGUUGGUGUCUGUCCAGUCCCUGAUACUGGUGGCAGAACCGUAUUUCAACGAGCCGGGCUAUGAACGGUCCAGAGGCACACCGAGCGGCACCCAGAGCUCCAGGGAGUACGACGGGAACAUACGGCAGGCAACGGUCAAGUGGGCGAUGCUGGAACAAAUCAGAAAUCCAUCCCCGUGUUUUAAGGAGGUCAUCCACAAACAUUUUUACUUGAAAAGAGUGGAGAUCAUGGCUCAGUGUGAGGAGUGGAUAGCGGACAUCCAGCAGUACAGCAGUGACAAACGGGUAGGCAGGACUAUGUCCCAUCACGCAGCAGCUCUAAAGCGUCAUACAGCUCAGCUGCGGGAAGAACUGCUGAAGCUUCCCUGCCCGGAAGGUCUGGAUCCAGACGCUGACGACUCCCCGGAAAAGUGCAGCGCCGCCACAAGUUCCGACGAGACUGUGUUGCACGAACAGGUUAAACCCAGCAGCAGCAAAGACCUGCCCGCCGAUUUCAAAUUAUGAGGUGAAUUGACAUGGACUCUCUAGACACAAAGGCUUUGAAGCACAAGCCAAAUAUGUCCAUAUUUGUAUGUAAGAAGCUAAUUAUGUAAUAGGUAAUGAAAUUGAAACUAUACUAUGCCCUUAAGGAUAUACAGUUUAAUUCAAGAUGAUCUUUUAUUUACCUGUACAAGAGUGUAAACUUUUUUGUGCUUUUAUUUUUCAAUUGUGAGAACCACUGAUUGGUAUGUUUAAAAAGUUAUGUAUACAAGAAAUGGAUAAAUCACUGAUAUAUAAGGGAAACUACCUUAGGAAAGAAUGUUUACUGAAUGUUUAUUAUUUUUUUUUACUUGUAGAGUGAGGGCGGUUGUAACAAAGAAUAUAUAUUGGUCAUUCUUACAGCUACUAUUUAAAGUCAGAAAAUUUUCACUGAAUUUGAUAGAUUUUACGUUUGGCCAUAUAUUCAUGCUCAUAUUUGAUUCUAAAGAAAACCUCCUGUAUACUUCAAUAAACGUUAAAUGAACAUGAUCCCUCUUUUAUGAUUUACUGGUACAUUUUUUAAAUAAACUGCCAUAAAACACGUUCUAGCUGAAGACUUGCACUUGUGUGACUGAAUUCAUUACAGUCAACAGAUUUAAUUUUAUGCUUACUACUUCUAGAAUGCAGAUGAAAUAAAUGCACAUGGUUUUACCUCAUG